AUGGCUUUCCCGAAUGCCAGCGAUCUUGUUUUACGCGAAAUUCAUUUCAAUCAAGAGUUCACCUAUCAAAAUGUGGCUUUACAGUUCAUCAGCUGCAUGCUAUUGAUCAAUCUCAGAAGGAUGAAAUUCUCUGCCGAUAUUGGACAUACCUUGAGCGCAGUGGCGCCGAUUUUCGGCACUUUUCUCUUCGUUGUUAUUAUAGCUGGCUACAUUUUGAUGCAAGAAAACGCCUGGACUUUCAACGAGAGCCUCAGAUUCUCGAUGGGGCUUUUCACGGGAAUUGGCGAUAUCUGGAGUGCGCCAAGGAGCUUAAUGGCUAAAGAGAUUACCUAUUGGCGUUGUGCCUAUUUUUGCGCUUUGAUGCUUUGGUAUUCCACUGGAAUGUCUCUAAUUUUGGGAAGUUUCUUUGAAAUAAUUGUCGCGUGCAAAUUCGCCUCUUAUCGAAUAAGUGAACUGAAGAAGGAUGAGCUCACCUACAUGAAAAGCCUCUGGAAAAGUCGACAUGAAUUGAAAUAUAAAGCU